GGAGACAGUUAUUAUUAGCUCUAUUUUAGGGAGGAGGGAGACUCCGAUAUAAAGGGUGAUAGUGGGUUAAUAGCUAAGCACAGAGCAAUAUCCCCAGUGGCUCAACUCCAAGGAAUACAUGUUUUGUUCUCAGGUUUGAGAAGAUCUGAGCCAACUGCAAUAUUGUAAUGAGAAAGGUGGAAUACAGUUGAAAUGUCAAAAGUGGUUCUGGCAAUUUGUACCAGCCCUGAUCUGCUUCUGCCAUUGUUUUCUGACCAGCCAUAUUCACCUUUCAGCUUUCAGACACCCACAUUCCAGCCCUGGGCCCUGCCCCUGUGAGGAGCUGGAUCUCUGCAGAUCUAACAGCAUCAUGCUCCCUUUGAUGUUAUUCUAACAUAGACAUCUCCAUACUCAGAGGGCCGUCUUGAUGGAAUGCCUGUGGUUUACUUGGAAAGAAGGAGCUUCCUAAGGCCGGUAAUGUGCCUCAUCAUCCUCAACCAUAGUCUUCACAAUACCUCAGUUUUGUGCUGAUGGAGGAAAGGACAUUAAUGACUCAAAACAGAUCUGGAGAACGCCUGGAUAAAGGGGCUGAUAGGCAAGAGAGGGGCAGAGAGGAAUCAACACAUGCCUUGCAAGACUUUUCUGCAGUACGCAGAUUCCAUCCUCAUUUUAACUGAAAACUCAAACCAACAAAUAGCGACACACCUAGAAUUAUUAUUACUACAAAGCACACCUGGAUGCUCUAAGGACACAGGAAAGAAUGAGCUAUUACGGCAGCAGCUAUAGGAUUGUAAACGUGGACUCCAAAUACCCCGGCUACCCCCCAGAGCAUGUGAUAGCUGAGAAGAGAAGAGCAAGAAGACGUCUGCUCCACAAAGAUGGCAGCUGUAACGUGUACUUCAAGCACAUUUUCGGAGAAUGGGGGAGCUAUGUGGUCGACAUCUUCACCACUCUUGUGGACACCAAGUGGCGCCAUAUGUUUGUGAUAUUUUCUUUGUCUUAUAUUCUCUCAUGGUUGAUAUUUGGCUCCAUCUUUUGGCUCAUAGCGUUUCAUCACGGAGAUCUGUUGAAUGAUCCGGACAUCACACCUUGUGUCGACAAUGUCCAUUCCUUCACAGCGGCGUUUUUAUUCUCCCUUGAGACCCAAACCACCAUAGGGUAUGGUUACCGUUGUGUCACUGAAGAAUGCUCUGUGGCAGUGCUCAUGGUAAUCCUUCAGUCCAUCCUAAGUUGCAUCAUAAAUACCUUCAUCAUUGGAGCUGCCUUGGCCAAAAUGGCAACUGCUCGGAAGAGAGCCCAAACCAUUCGUUUUAGCUAUUUUGCGCUCAUAGGCAUGAGAGAUGGGAAGCUUUGCCUCAUGUGGCGCAUUGGUGAUUUCCGACCAAACCACGUGGUAGAGGGAACAGUUAGAGCCCAACUUCUCCGCUACACAGAAGACAGCGAAGGGAGGAUGACAAUGGCAUUUAAAGACCUCAAAUUAGUCAAUGACCAGAUCAUCCUUGUCACACCAGUAACUAUUGUUCAUGAAAUUGACCACGAGAGCCCUCUGUAUGCCCUUGACCGCAAAGCAGUAGCCAAAGAUAACUUCGAGAUUUUGGUGACAUUUAUUUAUACUGGUGAUUCCACUGGGACAUCUCAUCAAUCUAGAAGCUCCUACAUUCCCCGAGAAAUUCUCUGGGGCCAUAGGUUUCAUGAUGUCUUGGAAGUGAAGAGAAAGUAUUACAAAGUGAACUGCCUGCAGUUUGAGGGAAGUGUUGAAGUAUAUGCCCCCUUUUGCAGUGCCAAACAGUUGGACUGGAAAGACCAGCAGCUGCACAACAUGGAAAAAGCACCACCAGUUCGAGACUCCUGCACAUCAGACACCAAGGUCAGACGAAGAUCAUUUAGUGCAGUUGCCAUUGUCAGUAGCUGUGAAAACCCGGAGGAGAACACCACUUCUGCCACGGAUGAGUGUAAGGAAGCACCUUAUCAGAAAGCUUUCCUGACUUUAAAUAGAAUCUCUGUAGAAUCCCAAAUGUAGUCCUAAAUUGUAAUUACGAGGGCUACCCCUCCAUCAUUUCACUCUCCAGCCAAUCACCUUAAGUCAAAUAGUAGUAAACACGGCUUGUAAAAAAUGUUCUAGCUAUGUUUUGUGGUGAUGAUGAGUAAGUUGAGUAGGUUAAACUUGGUAAAAGAUAACUUACAAUGCCAUAGUUCUGAAAUAUUAAGUUUUUUUCUUGCUAGCCAGUCUUGAAUUAAGAAUGCUAUUAAUUGAUUAGAAUUCAUUUCCUUUUAUUAUCUCAUAUAUUUAUAUCUUCAAUUGGAGACAUAGUAUUUAGUAAUGGGGAACAAGGGCAGAAAUAAAUGCUGGAAUAAAUAAAACAGGAAGACAAGCCAGCAUGAAUAAUAUGUUUUUAAAUAUAUAAAAAAUUAUAAUAUACUGUGUGAUUUCCUAUAAAAAAUCAUAUCAUCUAACCAAGAUAUGUACAACAUGCAUUCAAAAAACUGUAAUGUUGAGCUAUGUGACUGUGAAAUCCAUUCACCAGUUUGAGUCACUUUGUUUGCCUGUCAUAGUAUCUUAGUGUCUGCAGCAGAGGUAAUGACUGCAAGAAACUGAUAAUGCCACUAAUUCCACUGCCACUUGCCCAGGUAGUGAUCAAUGCGUGCUUGAAGCUAUUUUUUCUCUAACUGAUGAGGCAGAAGAAAAAUCGACAUCAUUAUUCAGAGCAGCAUCUCUCUUAAAUGCUCUGGUUGACGCCAACACAUCAAGAGCAGAAAUAAGGCAACUGUGACUUUUUAGGUUCUCUGACAAGGAGACUUCCUAGGCCCACCUCCUACCUUCCCCAAGGACACGAUGAAGGGACAGGAUCUUACCCAUAGGGUGAAGAGAUGGUUAGCAACUAUAAACAUUCUCAGAGUCUUUGAGAUAAAACGUUGCUUGCCUGUGACUGGAAAGACUGCAGCCUUGGCUGCUAUGUAAGAGAGAGAACAUUUUGUGGAGAGGGUGGGGAGGGAGGUAUUUGUUUGUGCCCAGCAUGCGUCCCUCUCUUGGUCACUUUACAAGACAUAAAUGACUCUAGUCAUGGGUUUUAAGAAACUCUUUCACUGAACUUGGAAUAAUCAUUUAAAUGAAUGCUUUUGUGAAAUAGAAUACAAUCAAGAUGAUUCUAAUGCACAUCAAAUGGAUAAUCUGAGUGGUAUGAAGUUGCUUAAAUUUUAGGAGAUGAGAUAAAUGUGUAUACUCUAUUUCCACAUUAAAAGAUGUUAAUCAUGAUUACAUUAAACAUAUAUCUAAUUACCUAGGAGCAGAGAGUCACUUUAAGCUUUAUAAAUUGAAGCAUUAUUAGCGACAUUCAGAAUUAUUUGCGUUGUGUUUUUGCUUUUACAUUGUUGAUGAGCUGGCAAUAAGUGUGUGCCACAGUUUUUACUUGUUUAUUUUAUUUAAAUAUAUAUACACAUGCACAUCAUUUUUGCUUUUUCUGGACAAUCUCUUUCU